UAAGAAAAUCUGAUCACGUGACUUCACAUUUGGAUUCGAAAUCUGACAGUAAAGGGUUAUCUUCAGCCAAUUAUCGCAGCCGCAGGCGAAAUCAGACAUUAUAAACCUUGGAAUUGAAGACUAUCAAACCGGAAAAUGACUUCCCAGUUUGUUGGGCGGCAUGUCACCGUUGAUCUUGGGCCAAACCGGGGAUUCAUUCAAGGCAGGAUCAAAUCAGUAAACGCGACCGACCAAGCCAUCACAAUUACCAACCCCCACCAAUCAGGAAUACGAUGUAAUUUUGAGGAAAUAACUUUAAGUGCACAGGAAAUAGUCGAUCUCAAGUUGAUUGAUGAAUUAAUGGCAAACGGAGACACAAAGAAGGUCGUAGAAACAAAGAAAAAUGAGAAAAGUUCCUCAGUUGCUCCAAAAACUCUUGUUGUGUCAACACACAAUAAAACUACAACGCCAGCUUUUAAUACGAACCCACAAACAAACUCUCCGCCAAGACCAAGCCACAGUUUUAGAGAACAAAGACAUCCGUAUGUGAAAGAUGGAAGACCAGUAUUGUCAGGGCAACCACUCCGACAAAAGUCCGGCCGAAACCGAAACGCACCGGAUUGUUUUAACAUUGACCAAUCAGAACUUGACGAGGAUUUUGAUUUUGAGAAAAAUUUGGCACUUUUUGAUAAACAAGCCGUUUUUGAUGAAGUUUAUUCUGGGAGCGAUGGAGAAGUCAGAACUCCAUUAAAAAAUCGCCGCAACAAGCCAGAAGUAAAAUACAGACACGAUGAGAAUGUAUUGGGGAAUGGACCUGUGGUAUAUCGACAAAUUGUCACCCAGGAAACUUCUAAUCACCAUAUUGCUGAAUAUUAUACUGAUGCUGGACUUGUGGUCCCGUGUGUAUCUUCCACCACCCACAAAAACAUCUGCAGAGUGGCAGAGGAGAUGGGCAUCAGCAAAACUCGGCAGAUAGAGACUUUUGGAAUCAACACAAGUCAAAUGGCGUUCAGUAUGCUUGGGGGAGCAAACAGACUUCAUCCGAGGAAUGCUCACCAGCGUCCCCAUGUGGUAGUUUUAACGGGGCCUCACCAGGUUGGAGCGCAAGGUAUUGCGACCGCACGUCAUUUGUCAAAUCAGAACUUACAUGUUGAUGUUUUUAUGGCUGAUGUUGUGAAAAUGCACGAUUUUCUUCAAGAUGAACUCAAGUUGCUCAGCUUGACCACAGCUAGAUUAAGUACCGAUAUAAAAGAUUUACCGACCACCCCUGUUGACUUGGUGAUUGUUGCCAUGGACGAUGAAGAUACCGUGUUUCUACGACAACAAGCGUGGUACAAGAUGGCCACCAAGUGGUGUAGUUCCAACAUGGCUCCAAUACUUUAUUUAUGUCCCCCAAAUCACCAGGAAGUGAAGCCCGCUAUUGACAUCAAGUGGUCGUUAUGCAGUAUCCUCCCGAGAUCGCUCCCAACAUCCUACGGGAUGAUUUAUCUUCUUGAUCUUAGUUUUCCUCCAAAAGUUUUCAAAAAGAUUGGGAUUAAAUAUCAAUCUCCAUUUUGCUCUAAACCAUUUAUUGCACUACAUAGAAGUCACUAGAAAAACUCGAAAAAACAAAAAUCUUAAAUAUAAACUUAACCCAUUGUAGAUAUUUUUCUACUUAUUCAACACAAAAUUCUGCUGUACAAAUUUUCUGUUGCAAAAAAAAUUAAAACAGUUUUAUAAUUGCACUGUAAAUUUAAGUAUAAAAAACAACAAAUGCUGAAAAUAACCGGAACAAUGUUUUCCUAACCGUCUACAAAAUGCUGCCCGAUUUUGGUCAUUUCCUACCUACUGCCUGGUCAUAUUGCUGUUCUAAAUAAUAAUGCUAGUAUUUCGUGUAAAAAAGUCACUAAUGCUAACUAUUGGACAUUCAAUUCCAUAAAAAAAAACGUAUUUAUACUCUUUUAGGGUUUUGUUUUUUUACUAUAUUAUCUAGUAAUUUACAUAAUCAAUAUUUCAGCUCCAUAUUUGGAUUCUGCAAAUAUGAUUUUAUUUUUUACUCUUUUAACUUAAAUCUCUUCAUGUCUUGUAAUAAAAAUGCUUGAGUAAAAAUUGAUUGUCAGAUGGGUUGUAUUUCUUCGGUCUGUGUUGUUUUGCUUAUUUAAAGAGUCAAGUAAUAAAUUAAAAAAGGGUAUGGU